CGAAGACGACCAAGAUGGUUGAGGCUGAUUCGGAUAGUUCCAUGGAGGUGCAGCUUGUGAGAAUUAUUGUCUACAGAUCUUGGUAAUGCAGCCAUAUGCAGCCACUCACUAAAGUGGACCGAACUCCGCUGGUUCAUUCUAUAAAGGGCGAUUCUAGUGUUUCUUUCGUCCGCACUCCUCAGUGAUUCGAGCAAAGAUUGGUAGCGAGCGUCGGAGUGCUGGAUAUAAGGAAGAGUUAGUUUGAUCUCUUUUGGCAGUGCUGUGUUCGCGAGUGAGAGACACACACAUACUCACACUCACAAGAAAAGAGAGAAAAGUGUGUCUAACGCCCAGCUUCUCGACCCCGCCUUUUCCUGCGUUGCGUUUGGGAUCCAUCACCUUAGUUGCUCUUGUCGUUUAAAGAGUUACCACCCUGGAUGGAAGUAAUGUGGAAGUGAAGCAGUGGUUAAUUAUUCCCAGAGGCUCGCGCUCGCGCGGUUAAAUAACACUCCUUUGUUUUGUUGAGCAACUGCUAGCUUGGACGCUUGCGUGAGUGUUGUUGUCACCUUGAACACACACUUUUCUUCUCUCUCUCUCUCUCAAAUCCUCUAGAACAAGUUCUUUUCUUCCUUUGCUUCUUAGCCAGAGUUUCAUGUCAUUGACAAAAGGAAGAGGAAGAGGAGGAGCAGCACAUUUGCUUGCUCUCCAAGCACUAAGAUUUCAUUCCAAGACCGCUCUUCUGGUGGUCAAUUAAAGUUUAUGGUCAUUGGAAAGCUCCUGGAGCUGGAGGGGACAUCUUUUGAGUAGAGAGUGAGGAUCCUUGGAAGAAGAAGAAACUCUCACUCCACCGCCAUGGCCGACGUCGCGGUCAUCAUCGGCAUAAUUGGAAACAUUACCUCGAUCAUGGCGUACGCAUCGCCAGUGCCUACAUUCUGGUACAUCUUCAAGAAGAAAUCCACCGAGUACUUCUCGGCUCUCCCUUACGUUUGCACGCUCCUGACGGUGCUCUUGGGCCUCUACUAUGGUUGCAUCCGCCCAAACGGCAUGCUUAUCAUCACCAUCAACAUCGUUGGCAUCACCUUCGAGGCCACCUACCUCGCCAUCUUCAUCACGUACGCUACCAAGUUUAGCCGGAUCAAGACGGUGAAGCUAGUGCUGCUCGAUCUGGCGGUGUUUGGCGUGGCGGUGCUUCUCACUAUGUUCCUCUCGCAUGGCAAGCUCCGGGUGAUGCUGGUGGGAUCGAUGUGUUCCGCCGUGGCCAUCUCAAUGUACGCUGCUCCACUCUCAGUCAUGAGGAUGGUGAUUCGCACCAAGAAUGUGGAGUUUAUGCCCAUCACGCUCUCGGCCUUUCUCGCCGUCAAUGCUUCGCUCUGGUCGGCCUAUUCCUUCUUCUCUCGCGACAUCUUCAUCGGGAUUCCUAGCGCGCUUGGAUCGCUCCUCGCCAUCGCCCAGGUCUUGCUCUAUCUCUUCUACAGAAACGCGAGCAAGAAGCAGAAGAAGGCGGCAGCGACGGAUGCCACCGACGAUCUGGAGAUGCAAAAGAUCGAGGCCCUCAGCAACAUCCCGAGAGCUUGCACUGUAAGCAGCACCACCACCACCAUGGAAUCAAGACUGGCUGACGAGAAGCCAAUCAAAAACAUGGACGAUCAAUCCUCUCCAGCUUGAUCCCCUGGCUUUUACCCAAGAAGAAACGAACAGGAAUUCUACCAAUCAGUCAGUUCGCUUAAGAAAGGUGGUGGGUUUGACAGUGUCAGCGAAAUCUCCCAGCUUUUAAUCUGGAUUCACAGUUAUAUUUAGAAUCGAAGGAAAAUGUGUUCCUCCCGGAAACAUGCAUGUUUUACACCUGUAUCCCACGC